AUGGACGACGAGGUGGUUCAGCGAGUGCUCCAGGAGGGUGGCCGCGAGUUUCUUAGACAGUCUCCUUCGACUUCUUCGUCUUCGUCUUCUUCCUCCAUCCUUCAAUCCCUCCCUCUCCAUGUGUCCUUUGAUCAUGGUUAUUACUUGCUCGUGAAAUCGGUUCAAGAACUUCGGGAGAAGAAAGGCGGUGUAGUUACUGUCGGUAUCGGCGGUCCUAGUGGCUCCAGCAAGUCGAGACGAUUUCUCUCCGGGCAAGAGUAG